UUGUUAUUUCAUCAAAUCAUCACUUGCUUACUAGUUUCUAUAGCUUUCCCUUCCAUCUUAAUUCAUUCCUCUAUUUCUUCAAAUCAUCACUUGCUAGUUUCUAUAUCCCUCCUUUCCAUCUUAAUUCAUUCUUCUAUCCACAAAAGAGCAACAAGCAAUGGGUUCAGUUGGAGAAAUCUAUGAAGCCCACUGCUCCCAAGGUCCAGCCACGGUUCUGGCCAUCGGUACAGCCAAUCCAACCAACUGUAUUUAUCAGCCUGAGUUCCCAGAUUUCUACUUCAGAUCCACAAAGAGUGAACAUAUGACUGAUUUGAAGGACAAGUUCAAGCGUAUAUGUGACAGAUCAACAAUCAUUAAACGUCAUCUCUACAUGACAGAAGAACUUAUCGAGGAGAACCCCGACUUCUACAACCCUAUGGCUCCAUCACUUGAUGCACGCCAAGAUAUUAUGAUUGUUGAGGUUCCCAAGUUGGCUCAACAAGCAGCACAAAAAGCUAUCGAUGAAUGGGGGCAGCCCAAAUCAAAGAUCACCCAUGUCGUAUUCACUACCAUUUCUGGUGUUGAUGCGCCUGGUGCCGACUUUCAACUCAUCAAGCUCCUUGGCCUUUCACCCACCGUGAGACGUGUCAUGAUGUAUCAUCUAGGCUGCUACGGUGGUGGCAGUGUCCUCCGUGUUGCCAAAGACCUUGCUGAGAACAAUAAGGGUGCUCGUGUCCUAGUUGUUUGCUCGGAGUUAAACUCAGUUAGUGGCUUCAAGGGACCUACCGCGACGGACUUCCACACCUUGCUUGGGCAGGCAAUCUUCGCAGAUGGCGCUGCAGCUUUAAUAGUUGGUGCAGACCCUGAUACUUCAGUUGAGCACCCAUUGUUCCAACUCUUCUCAACAGGUACACGAAUUCUUCCAGACUCAGAUGAUAUGGUUGAAGGCCACUUGCGUCAAGCAGGUCUUUCAAUCAGCUUAUCCAAGGAUGUAGCCAAAACUAUCGCUGGGAACAUCGGUAAGUGCUUGGAGGAAGCAUUCAACAAAGUUGGUAUUAGUGAUUGGAACUCCAUUUUUUGGAUAUCUCACCCUGGUGGCCCAGCAAUUUUGGACCUCAUUGAAAAAACCCUUGGUUUGAAGGAAGAGAAGUUGAAAGCAUCAAGGAAAGUGCUGAGCGAAUUUGGUAAUAUGUCGAGUCCCAGUGUGAUGUUCAUUUUAGAUGAGAUGAGGAACAAGUCUAAGAAAGAAGGGAAAACCACAACUGGAGAAGGAUUCGAUUGGGGUGUACUAUUAGGGUUCGGACCAGGUCUAACUGUAGAGACAAUUGUCUUGCGUAGCAUGGGUACAAUUCUUCUAUCCACAAAAGAGAAACAAGCAAUGGGUUCUGUUGCAGAAAUCUAUGAAGCGCACCGCUCGCAAGGUCCUGCCACGGUUCUGGCCAUCGGCACAGCAAAUCCAACCAACUAUAUUAAUCAGCCAGAGUUCCCAGAUUUCUACUUCAGAUCCACAAAGAGUGAGCAUAUGACUGAUUUGAAGGACAAGUUCAAGCGUAUCUGUGACAGAUCAACAAUCGUAAAACGUCAUCUCUACAUGACUGAGGAUAUAAUCGCAGAGAACCCUGACUUCUACAACCCUAUGGCUCCAACACUUGAUGCUCGACAAGAUAUCAUGGUUGUCGAGGUUCCCAAGUUGGCUCAACAGGCAGCCUUAAAAGCCAUCGAUGAAUGGGGGCAGCCCAAAUCAAAGAUCACCCAUGUUGUAUUCACUACCAUUUCUGGUGUUGAUGCGCCCGGUGCCGACUUCCAACUCAUUAAGCUCCUAGGUCUUUCACCAACCGUUAGACGUGUGAUGAUGUAUCAUCUAGGCUGCUACGGUGGUGGCAGUGUCCUCCGUGUUGCCAAGGACAUUGCUGAGAACAAUAAGGGUGCCCGUGUUCUUGUUGUUUGCUCGGAGUUGAACUCAGUUAGUGGCUUCAAGGGACCUACCGCGACUGACUUCCACACCCUGCUUGGGCAGGCAAUCUUUGCAGAUGGUGCUGCAUCCUUAAUAGUUGGUGCAGACCCUGACACAUCAGUUGAGCGCCCACUGUUCCAACUCUUCUCAGCAGGUACACGAAUUCUCCCAGACUCAGAUGAUAUGGUUGAAGGCCACUUGCGUCAAUCAGGUCUUUCAAUCAGCUUAUCCAAGGAUGUGGCCAAAACUAUCGCUGGGAACAUUGGAAAAUGCAUGGAGGAAGCAUUCAGCAAGGUUGGUAUUAGUGAUUGGAACUCCAUUUUUUGGGUUUCUCACCCUGGUGGGCCUGCUAUUUUGGACCUUAUUCAAAAGACCCUUGGUUUGAAGGAGGAGAAACUAAAGGCAUCAAGGAAAGUGUUGAGCGAAUUUGGUAAUAUGUCGAGCCCCACUGUGAUGUUCAUUUUAGAUGAAAUGAGGAAUAAGUCUAAGAACGAAGGGAAAGCCACAACUGGAGAGGGGUUUGAUUGGGGUGUGCUAUUAGGGUUUGGACCAGGUCUAACUGUGGAGACAAUUGUCUUGCGUAGCAUUAUUCUUCUAUCCACAAAAGAGCAACAAGCAAUGGGUUCAGUUGGAGAAAUCUAUGAAGCCCACUGCUCCCAAGGUCCAGCCACGGUUCUGGCCAUCGGUACAGCCAAUCCAACCAACUGUAUUUAUCAGCCUGAGUUCCCAGAUUUCUACUUCAGAUCCACAAAGAGUGAACAUAUGACUGAUUUGAAGGACAAGUUCAAGCGUAUAUGUGACAGAUCAACAAUCAUUAAACGUCAUCUCUACAUGACAGAAGAACUUAUCGAGGAGAACCCCGACUUCUACAACCCUAUGGCUCCAUCACUUGAUGCACGCCAAGAUAUUAUGAUUGUUGAGGUUCCCAAGUUGGCUCAACAAGCAGCACAAAAAGCUAUCGAUGAAUGGGGGCAGCCCAAAUCAAAGAUCACCCAUGUCAUAUUCACUACCAUUUCUGGUGUUGAUGCGCCUGGUGCCGACUUUCAACUCAUCAAGCUCCUUGGCCUUUCACCCACCGUGAGACGUGUCAUGAUGUAUCAUCUAGGCUGCUACGGUGGUGGCAGUGUCCUCCGUGUUGCCAAAGAUCUUGCUGAGAACAAUAAGGGUGCUCGUGUCCUAGUUGUUUGCUCGGAGUUAAACUCAGUUAGUGGCUUCAAGGGACCUACCGCGACGGACUUCCACACCUUGCUUGGGCAGGCAAUCUUCGCAGAUGGCGCUGCAGCUUUAAUAGUUGGUGCAGACCCUGAUACUUCAGUUGAGCGCCCAUUGUUCCAACUCUUCUCAACAGGUACACGAAUUCUUCCAGACUCAGAUGAUAUGGUUGAAGGCCACUUGCGUCAAGCAGGUCUUUCAAUCAGCUUAUCCAAGGAUGUAGCCAAAACUAUCGCUGGGAACAUCGGUAAGUGCUUGGAGGAAGCAUUCAGCAAAGUUGGUAUUAGUGAUUGGAACUCCAUUUUUUGGAUAUCUCACCCUGGUGGCCCAGCAAUUUUGGACCUCAUUGAAAAAACCCUUGGUUUGAAGGAGGAGAAGUUGAAAGCAUCAAGGAAAGUGCUGAGCGAAUUUGGUAAUAUGUCGAGUCCCACUGUGAUGUUCAUUUUAGAUGAGAUGAGGAACAAGUCUAAGAAGGAAGGGAAAACCACAACUGGAGAAGGAUUUGAUUGGGGUGUACUAUUAGGGUUCGGACCAGGUCUAACUGUGGAGACAAUUGUCUUGCGUAGCAUGGGUACAGUUUAAUACGGACUUGCUGAUAUUACAUUGAUUUGUGGUUACACUUUUCUCUAUGGGGUUUAGAACCAUUGAUGGGAAGGCCCAUUUAUGUAUUAAUAUGGUGAUAUGGUUUUUGACAGUUAUUGUUCAAUGUUUUGAUUUUUGAACUUGUUAGACUUCUUUUAAUAAAAUACUAAUAAGACAAAUGAGGAUGUUUUCUUUACGAA